CCCGCCCAGCUGGACAUUUCCGCUCUGCGGGCGCGCUCCUCCUAAUCCCCUUGACCGGUGCAGGGACAAGUUGCUUCCUGAAGGAUCCAUGUGUAUUGUUCAAAACACAAUCAGAAAAAAAGUGUCUGCAGACAGAUGACUCACAUCUUCGUGUAUGGCACCCUGAAGCGGGGCCAACCCAACCACAAAGUCAUGCUGGACCACUCACAUGGCUUAGCAGCCUUCCGAGGCCGAGGCUGCACAGUUGAGUCUUUCCCACUGGUGAUCGCAGGCGAGCACAACAUACCUUGGCUGCUGCACCUGCCAGGCAAGGGCCACUGCGUGGCAGGUGAGAUCUACGAGGUGGACGAGCAGAUGUUGCGCUUCCUGGAUGACUUCGAAGAUUGCCCCAGCAUGUACCAGCGCACAGCCCUGCAGGUGCGGGUGCUGGAGUGGGAGGGUGGCGCUGGUCCCGGGGACAGUAUUCAGUGCUUCGUGUACAGUACAGCCACUUAUGCACCCGAGUGGCUGUUUCUUCCCUACCAUGAAAGCUAUGAUUCUGAGGGCCCACAUGGGCUACGCUACAACCCCCGGGAAAACAGAUGAGGGGCUAGUGCUUCAAAUGCCAACAGGAUGGAGGGAACCUGGUAGCUGCCUGGCAUAAGCAGAGCUUUCCAAGUUCAACUAUAAAACAUUGACAAAACGUGUUUUGUCAUAUACUCUAAUCUGAUGUUACUUAAUACUGCUUUAGUCUUAAGGAGCACCUGGACUUGCAGGUACUAGAUGGGAAACACUCUAGGCUGAGGUCCCCGAAAAGACAGUUACAGGACACCUGGUACUCCUCGCCACUUUUUUUUUUUCUUUGCUUUGCUUUGCUUUGCUUUGCUUUGCUCUAACCUUAAGAUGGAAUCUUCUGAAACUAAAAAGACUGGGCUGUAGUUGCAUCUCAGAAAUUGAACAUACUGAAUCUAGAAAGUGGUAGGAAAUGCUGAUUUGGGUCGGAUCGUGUAAAAACAUCAAGAAAAGCAUGUUGUACCUAAACUAUGUGCUCUGCCUACCCCACCCCCACUUGCAAUUACCAAAUCACACAUAAACUAUUAAAAUGGCCAUUAAAAUACAA